GUGAGCUGUGUAUCUUGUAUGUGGAAAAAAGAAAAAAAAAAGGAAAAACUUCGCGCGCGUCUCCGUUUCAACAAAGUCUAUAGCGUAAAUGUUGUGCUGGAGAUGAAGCAUCUGGCGUCAAAAGCCAUUGGCGACGCGUGAGAGAAACAGCAGUGAGUCAAUAAAGAGAUCAUCAUUAAGAAGCGCGACGACGUUGACGAGGGUGGAGGCGGCAAUGGCCGAGUCUGUCGGCCCGAUUCUUCACGUAAUCGUCAUCGGGUUUCACCACAAGAAAGGAUGCCAAGUGGAGUAUUCAUUUCCUCCACUUGUGCCUGGUGCAUCAAACGAGUGUCCACUAGGGUGGAAGUACUUGCCAACACUCGCAUUACCAGAUGGAUCUCACAACUAUGAUGAAGACACAGUAUACUUCCACGUUCCUAGUCUCAAUGAUCCUAAUAAAACUAUUUAUGGGAUAUCGUGUUUUAAACAAAUUCCAGUAGAGAAAUUAAUAAAUCGCACAUCAGACAUAACAAGGGGAACAGUACAAAAGUCUGUAUGCGUUUUGAGUACAAUGCCUUUGUAUGGCCAUAUUCAAGUUAAAAUGGCCCUUAUAACUCAUGCUUACUUUGAUGAAGGAGAUUUCAGCAAAGUAUCACUGUUGGAAGAGACAUAUCAUCAUUUGAAUUCUUGUAUGAGCGGAGAUAGUCAUAUGCCACCACAAGUGUUUAUUGGUUUAUCCGCCAGAGAUUUCAUAUUGCGAUUCCGUCACAAAGCUCUGCUACUAUUCAAACUGUUACUUCUAGAAAAAAAAGUAGUUUUUUAUCAAUCACCUGUACAGCCUUUAUGCUCAGCCAUAUUGACAUUGUUAUCAUUCUUUCCUAGUAUGAUUGAAACUGGUUUAGAGCAAGCAGCUUGUAUCAGGCCAUCAAGACCCAUGUCUCCUAUUCCGAAUUUCGAGGAUAGUGAAUAUCUCAAUAACUUUGACUCAAAUUUAACCAACGCGAAUCCUGCUGUCGAAACAGUGCAACCAGAAAUAUUAAAUAACAGGAUAGCUGAUGAAUCGGAUGACAAUGCUUACUACAUAAAUGACAACAAAACGAUUGAAACUAUGGAAGGAAAAACUAUUGAAGUCGAUUUGACUGAAGCGAACAGUGAAAGUGCUGACGUUUUUCCAGAGGAGCCGAAAGUCACCAAAGUGCCGAAUUCGCUGAAUCUUAAUUCCAACGAGGCCGACAAUAAUAUGCCAAGAGACACGAGUAAUGAUACGUUGUCAGACGCCAAAGUUACCAGCAGUUUGACGCAGAUCGCAAAUAUUGAUCCGGACUUGUGCGGCAUGCCUUUGAGCCUUUUUACCAAAGGUUACUUGUGCUUACCAUAUUUAUCCUUACCAUAUUUAGAUUUGCUAGGUGACGAAAAUGUUAGAGGCUACGUUGUAGGAGCAACUAAUGUUUUAUUCAAACAGAAAAAACAACUGAUCGAUGUAUUAAUUGAGGCUGAAAGCGCACGAAUAGAAGCAAACGAUCCAGAACUACGUCGUCAACUGCACUUGACAACCGAAGACUUAAGAUUUGCCGAUUACGUAGUACGUCACGUAUCCGAACCAAAGAAAGAUAACUUUUUCGACGGUGUUGGUUGGGAAGGUGGUGACGAGUGGAUUCGUACUCAAUUCCGCGUUUAUUUGCUCUGCUUGCUUCGGACUUCAAUGCAACAGGAUGCAAGGCAGACUGAUCACUAUAACGCUGCUUUUAUGAGCGCGUGGCGAUCUACGAAUAAUUUUAAGAUGUGGACGAGUCUUUGUAAUACGGAAAUUAACUGCAUCGAACCGGGACAUCCGUUUGCUGGACAGCUCUCGGUGCAGGACAUGAAACUACGCUUGUCGCAUACAAUGCAAAAUACCGAAGGUGGACGGAAACUCAACCAAGCCAUGGCGUCGACAGGACGCGCUGUGGCUACAACGGGAAAAGCUGUAGGUGGUGCGUUAUCUCAAGCAAAAGGUGCAUUCUCGAACUGGUGGAGCACGCUGACGACGGUGCAACCAGGUUUAGAAACUAGUGAGACACCGAAUAAAAACGGCGAGCCACACGUCACCGACUCGAGUCCACGUGAGAAGUCAGUAGAUGGUUUUCAGAUGGGCGUCGAUGUUGCGAGUACACUCGAUAAGUGAAGAUCGCUUAAAUGACUCGUCUCUGUUUAUUUAGUAUUAUACUAUAGCGGGGGCUGUUCUCUAUUUUUCGUCUUUAUUAUUUUUAUUUAUUUGUUGGGAUAUUCGAGAAGUUUAAUCGGACAUAUUUCUACGUGGAGCUCUGAAUGUAUCCUACACGUAGGAGGAUAAAAAAAAACGCGGCGUUUUUUUUCAAACCGUUAGAAUUUCACUUGUUACGUAAAGUACUUUUGAUAGCCGCUUCUCGUUUUAUACUUUUUUUUAAUUAUCCGUUAUUUAUUUUGUACUUACUCGAAGAUCCCUCUGAGAUUUAAACCUUAAAGAGUUUUAACAUGGCAACGCAUGGAAAUAAUAAUUCAUCGAAGCCUUCGCUCGAUAAUCUUUUUGAAAGUACAGGCGACAUUAUUUCCCAGUGAACAAUUACUGCUUGCAAAGAAAAAGAAUGUAUUUUGUGUACCGCAUGUAUACAUAGCUAUAUGUACAUAACUGCAAAUUAACACCUCGUCCGGACAAUAUUCGAUCGCACGCAGUAAUUCAUUGCCUUUUUUUCAUAAAAGCGCACGUGAGUAAUCCGUAUCAUUUAUUGCUCUCUGAAAUGCUAAACUCGUAAGGAAAAUGACGAAGACAAAGGAAAUUAAACUCGUUUGUAUUCACAGAUAUAGAUUACAAUUUUAAUGUAACAUUUUAAAAAGACUUAAAUUUUAAUUAUUCGUUUCUGCUGUGAAAAUUUUAUUUUAAACUAACCAUUCCUCAUUUACGGUAUAGAUUUUUAUAUUAAAAAUACGAAUAUAAGUAUACAGUGCAAUUGAACUUAAAAAUGUUUUUUAAGGAAAUCAGCUAUCAUUUCUCACGUGCUUGUUGCGAGAUACAUCGUUCAUUACUUAAAAAAAACAAAGAUAUAGAAAUAUGUCGCAUGAUGUUUUUAAUUGCUGAAUAUUAUUGGCAACAAUUAUGUGAUAUUUGAAUUAUUCAUAAGUUAAUUUUCACUACGUAAAUAUUAAAUUGUGUUAAUUUAUAUUCAAUUGUAUUUAGUUGUUAAGCGAAAAAAAAUAUUUUGUACAUAAAUGAAAACAAAUUUAGAUUCAUUACAGAAAACUAUCGUGUAUACUAAUCAAUUGUCCAUGGGAAUCUCACAAUUAUACGUACACAGAUAAACUGAGUUACAUUGAAUAAAUAAUAAUAAAAAAAACACGUUAUGUAAUCAUUGAAACAGUACACAUUGACGUUAUCUCGUGAAGUUUUAUCGUAAUCUCUGUUGACACUCGGCGGAUUUUAACGGAUUUUUUAAGAAAAAAAUAACGGAAACAAUCGAACUUUGCUUAAAAAGAAUACGGAAUACGACUUUCCCUUUUUUUUACAAAGAGCGUCGUGAGCGUUUUUAAUCUGCACAAUUUAUAUGCUUAGCUGCGUCUGUUCUAUCGAGAGUUUUUAUCGGUGUACAGAUGUAAUAAUGCGAAUGGAGAAAAGAAAUUUUAUUCGAAAAAAACUUUGUAUUUAUAAGUGAACUUGAACGGGUAAGGCCGAGGACGCUGCGAGUUGAUAAUUAUGAAGUAGAGAGAUUAAUGUUUUUAGGAAGGGACGUUGUAAAAGCUGACGAGUUUUCGGAAAAAUUGUUU